UUAGAACAAUGUUCUUCUUCCUUGAUUUCCUCUGUCUGAAGCUCUUCUUCUUCCCACUACUCUGCAGUUUUUCCAAUGGCUUCCUUUCCCAUCUUCCAUUUAAAGCUUUACCCAUUUCCCAAUGGCUUUCUCCCCUUUCUCUUGCCACCAUUUUGGUUUCGUAUCCCUAUGAAGUUCUUCAUAGCGGGUUAUUACAACAACAAAUAAUAUGCUGAAGAACAAUAUUUUGUUGGACAAUUUGUUAGUUUGUUAGCUAAUAGCUUCCAAGCUUCACAAAAAUGGGUUCGAUGUUAACAGAACCCGACGAUCUAUCCGCGUUUUUCAGUGGCGGAGGCGGGGAAGCUGGUAGGACUUUGAAGAACAUCACGAAAAUAUGUGCAUCUGCUCACCGGAUUCAUUCCACCGGCGUUUUCACAGGAGUAAACCCUUUGGAAUUUUCAGUUCCUCUUCUUUUGUUGCAGGUGGUAUUUUGUGCUGGAACUACUCUCUUUUCUUAUCAGCUCCUCAAACCAUUGGGUCAACCCCUGAUCGUCUCACAAAUUUUGAGUGGCUUCGUUCUAAGUUCUUCGGGUUUAGGGCAAUGGAAAGCAUUUAGAGAAACAAUUUUUCCCAGCAGGGGAUUCGUUUUGUUGGAUGUAAUGUCUUCAAUUGGGGGUAUUUUUUACUUCUUUUUGAUUGGAGUGCAAACAGAUAUGAUGAUUGUGAAGAAGAUUGACACAAGAGCAUUUGGUAUAGGGUAUUGUGCUGUGAUUGUGCCUUUGGUUCUCACCGUCCUUUUCUCUGUGGCUUUGGCGAAUGCUUUUGAUUCAAAAACUUCCAAAACCAUUCUUCUAGUAGGUGGAGUAGAGUCAUUUAUCAACUUUCCCAUGGUUGCUUCUCUUCUUUCUGAGCUUCAUUUAAUAAACUCUGAGUUCGGGAGAAUUGCUUUAUCAUCUUCCAUGGUUUCAGGUAUUAGCACCAUGUGUAUUAUACUGAUAGGAUCUAUGUUGGAUCCAAUAAAAAGAACCACGUAUGACAGAUUAUUUGUGAAAUCUGUAUCUUGGGUUAUUGCAAUUGGCCUUGUUUUGUGUAGUAGGUAUGUUAUUAUGUGGAUGGCAAAGAAGAACCCAGUGGGUCAGCCAUUGAAGGAGGGCUUUGUGGUUACAUUGCUUUUAGGGGUUUUUGUGAGUGCAUUCUGUAGCCAAUCUUUGGGUGCUCACAGCUAUUUUGGUGCUCUUGUAUUGGGAAUUAUAAUACCUCCAGGGCCUCCCAUUGGACCAGCAUUGAUGGAGAGGCUCGAGUCCAUCACCUCUUGGAUGUUCAUGCCUAUCUUCUUUUUCAAAACAAGCUUGGUUGUCAAUAUGCAGUCCAUCAAACUAAAAAAACUACUAGGUUUGUCGUUCAUUAUCUUUGUGAGUGCAUUUGGGAAGUUCUUGGGUGUCCUUGUGAUGUCAUUAUUCAACAAAAUGCCGAUGAGAGACGCUGUGUCGCUUAGCCUCAUCAUGAAUAGUCAAGGAGCUUUUGAGCUUGGUAUGUUUAAAAUGUUGAAGAAGGACAAGAAGAUAGACAACGAAUCGUUUGGAAUUAUGUGCACAGGUGUGAUGGUUUUGGUUGGGAUUAUUACUCCCAUAAUAAGAUAUUUGUUUGAUCCUUCAAAAAGGUAUGUAGUUUAUAGGAGAAGAACUGUGAUGCACUCAAGAUCGGAAUCUGAUCUUCGUGUACUAGUCUGUGUUCAUGACCAAGAAGACGUUCCAAAUGCCAUUAACUUACUCGAGGCUUUGAAUCCAACAAGACGAAGCCAUCUUAUUGUGUACAUGCUUCAUUUUGUCGAGCUUUUUGGUCGAGCUAACCCCCAACUCAUUUCACAGAAGUUUUCAAGAGGAAGGUCUUCAAGAUUCGGCCCUUCCGAGUCUAUCAUUAAUGCAUUCAAAUACUUUGGACAAAGCAACCGUGAAAUUGUUACAAUUUAUCCCUUCACUGCGAUUUCACCUCCAGCAUCUAUGCAUGAUGAUGUUUAUUCACUUGCUCUCGACAAAAGCACUUCCUUGAUUCUUGUUCCUUUCCACAAGAGAUUUCAUUCCAACGGUGUUCUGUCAUUAUCCAAAAAUAAUUUAAAAUUGGUCAACAACCAUAUUCUUGACAAGGCACCUUGCUCCGUCGCCAUUGUUGUCAACCGAGGAAAUUCAAAUACCUUAAGGUCUAUUUCAACAGACUUGUAUUGUUUUCAAGUAGCUUUGGUGUUCUUAGGUGGACCUGAUGAUCGUGAGGCAUUGUUCAUUGGGGCAAGAAUGUCUGGACAUCCCAAUAUCAACUUGACAGUAAUUCGACUGUCGGAGAAUGGGAAUGUCGCAAGCGAUGACAUGGAAGAGAGGAGGCUCGACUGUGAGGCAGUGAUUGCGUUUCAAGGAGUCAUGGUAGACAACUAUAGAGUGAGGUUCAUAGAAGAGGUGGUGAAGGAUGGCAAUGGAACAGUCUCUGUACUCCGUUCGAUGGGAAACCAUUUUGAUCUUGUAAUGGUUGGGAGACGACAUAACCCCUACUCGGUACUGGUUCAAGGGUUGGUACUUUGGAACGAGCGCACAGAACUUGGAGAAAUCGGGGAGGUAUUAUCGUCGUCAGAUUUCAUGGAGAAUGCCACGAUCUUGGUUGUGCAACAACAUACAAAUAUGGUUCAUGAAGAAACUUUGGUUCUCAGGGAUAGUAAUACUUUAGCAUAAGAUGAAAGCAAAUAAUAGGAUUUAGAUUGUUCUCUUCUCCUUUACUGAUUCAGACAAGGAAAGGUUAUUUUUGGUCUUCUUUUCCCUCUCUUUCUUCAACUUCUCAACAGUGUACAUUCUUUUAUCAACAACCCAUGUCCAUGUAUCAACAUCAUCUAUUGUUGAUCUUAAAAACAAUAAUCCUUUGCUCAACUUACUUAAAAACUGAAGUUUGAUUUUUCAAUACAAUUUCAAUAUUUUAUA